AUGUACGCCAAUGCAGUAUUCGGCAUAUGGCCUUUCAUCUUCGAAGAUUACCCGAUCCUCAAGAAAAUCUACGAUCUGUAUUGCAAAUUCACGCUCACCUACUACGCCUUCUUCAUCACCACAGGCUACAUCAAAUUUUUCCAAUUAAUCACAGAAUUCCCUUUGAACGUCACUGAGGUUAUGCUCAACGUUUCCAUUACUUUCUUAUACAGUUGCACUUUCGUGAGAGCCAAGCGCAUGAGAAACCCCAGAAUGCUGAAGAACAUCCAGAACAUCAUGGACUACGAAAAGAAGAUCAACGACAGCAAAGACGAAGAAAUGAUGAAGAUCCUCGAAUACUACGCCUGGCAGAACAAAAUCGUCAGCCAAGCGUUCAUCAUAACAGUAAUUAUAGUGACGAGUCUGUUCGUGGUCCACCCGCUCGGGCUGGAUCCGGUGGAGAAAUUCGACGCCAGAACCAACACCACCAGAACCAUCAAACCACUUCCGCUCUCAUCGUGGUUCCCCUUCAACGAGCAGGUGCACUACCUGCCCGCCUACAUCUGGCACAUCUUCGACUGCUACGUGGGCGCCAGCUUCGUCAACAACACCGACAUCUUCUCCUUCGGGCUGAUCACCUUCCCGCUGGGCCAGAUCGUGGUGCUCAACCACAUCCUCGCCCACUUCGAGGACUACGUGGUGAAGGUGCAGAAGGAGCUGGGGGUCGAGAGGGACGAGGCCAGCUUCGUGGCGUUCAGGGAGUGCAUUUUGAUGCACAAGAAUAUCAUCGAUUAUAUCUACGAUAUGAAUUACGAGAUGAGUAUGAUUGCUUUGAUGGAUUUCCUGCAGAGCUCCUUGCAGUUGGCUGCUAUUGUGUUAGAGCUUAUGUUUUUUGAAGUGAAUCUUUUUAACACUGUGUACUCUUUCAUGUUUGUAAUUUGCAUGUUAACGAGGUUAUUCGGGUAUUAUUGGUACGCUAACGAGAUUAUUGUGGAGAGCCUGAAUAUACCGACGUCGAUAUGGAAUGGUAAAUGGUACGAAGAACCGCUGAAGACUCAGAAAAUGAUGCUUAUUAUGAUGAAAAAAUGCUCGAGACCUUUAACUAUGGAUAUCGGUCCAUUUAAUAUAAUGUCUAUAAAUACUCUAAUCGGGAUUUUGAAAGCUACAUAUUCCUACAGUAUGCUAAUCUACAGAGGAAAACAGAAAAAAUAA